UUGAGAAUAAUUUCGGGUAUAUAAUCGUUUAAUUGACAAAUUUUUUACGAUACCAAAUGAUUUCUUCUUUCACCUGUUUAUAAUUUGAUAAAGACGAGUCAAGUUCGAAUCGCGUUUUAAAAGUACAUACAUGGGAUAUCUCAUAAGAUGUGACAACAAACGUUUUGGUUCGGGAAAAUUUCAAGUACAGAACCGUAACCUCCAUUUACUACAAUGAAUUCGUAUCAACAGGUAGUAGAUACCGGCUCUCGACCGCCUACUGUGUACGAUCAGAAAUAUAUGGAUUUCGUGGAUAACGGACUGAAGGAAGUAGCAGACGAUUUUCAGAAAGAGAAAAAAUUCUCUGAUCAAAAUCUACUAAAAUUACACAAGCUGUUUGUUGGAGUGUUUGAAAGAGCCUUAGAUUUGUAUGAACAACAACGAGUGACACAAAUUUCUACAUCUAAUACAAUUAUAACAGAGCCAUGCAAAAGUACUAAUGAGGCCAGCUGGUUAAUGCAAGUUAAAGGGCAUUCUGGAGCAUUGUACACACUUUUUCCAGAAAUAAAUUAUUGUACGUGUGCUGCUUUCAGGCUUUGAACAAAUAUGAUGCCUUCUAAUACAGAAGACUACAUGUUGGUUGCAAAAGUAGGAUUGACAAAUCUAAAGAUUAUAACACAAUUAUUAAAAGCUAUCAAUUUUAAAGAGAUUGCUACUUGCCUUGGUAGUGAAAAUGGAUUGAAAGUAACAGUUGAGAAUUCGAAAUGUAUGCAAGCCAGUGCAUACAUCCCAUCUACAGUUUUUGACGAAUUUGAAUUGAAAGAGGACGUGAUAUUCUCAUUAAGUUUGAACAUAUUAGUGGAGUGUCUUUGUAUGUUCUGGCCUACUUCGCAAGAAGAUUCUGUCACAGUGCAAAUAUUUUAUAAAGGUACAGGCUAUCCUUUAAGUAUUAUCAUUGAAGAAGAUGGGGUCAUAACAGACUGUUCGUUGAAAACUUUAGAAGUAGAGGCAUUGUUAGAUUUUCAUCUUGAGGCAGAAAACGUUGUAAAUAAAGUAGUUUUGCAAACAGAAUUAUUAAAGGAUGCCAUGACCGAAUUAGAUUCAACUAGUGAACUAGUCAAGUUAUGUUUAUCGCCAGAAGAACCCUUCUUUAGAAUUAGUACCGAAGGUUUAGGCGGUAUUUGCCACAUCGACUUGCCAUAUGAUAAUGAUUUAAUAGACACAUUUCAAUGUACGACGACGGUUACGUCCACUUUUAAGUUAGAACAUAUUAAACCUGCAAUGAAGGCGUUAUCGUGUGCGAGUAAGGUUUCUCUAAGAACCAAUAACGCCGGUCUGUUAUGUUUUCAAUAUAUGAUUAAAACCGAAAAUGGAAAUACAUGUUACAUGGAAUAUUACGUAAGGCUUUUUAUAAUAAAUUAA